AACAACUGCACCUUCUAAUGCUACUCUGCCACUCAAGAAGCCAAUGCUCCUUCUCUUCCUACAGCCGUGCAGAGGAGAAAACUUCUAGACGCCAAGGAAAAAGGCGUGGUCAAGCUUUACCUGCUACUGAUGCCUCUUCUGCAAGGAGUACAGGAUUAACACCACAAAUAGAGGUUAAGGCUGGUAAUUCAUCAGGCACCAAAACUAUGUCGGUUGGAAAUAAGUAUGAUGCUGUUGCCAAAGAACAACCCCACUUCAAUCAGUUAGUUGCACUCGAUAUUCACUCUUCUGGCAGUUUAAGUCAGGAAUGUAGAAGAGACACCUCUGGUACUGGUGGUUCUGCAAGGAAACAAACUGCUGAUGUAACUGAUGUUGCUCGUGUCAUGAAAGAGAUCUUUUCAGAGACUUCCCUAUUAAAACAUAAAGUUGGAGAGCCUUCUGCAACAACGAGAACAAAUGUGCCUGACGCACAAUCUUCAGCUGAGAUGAAUUUGCAAACAGUUGAGACCCACAAGGUAGAGAAUGAAAUCCAAUCUGCCAAACGAAUGGUAGAGGAUUCUUCCAGUCUUAAGAAUCAAGAAGCUCCAUAUAACCUGAACAAGGCAGAAAAACCAGUUUCAGAUGUUCCUCACCCUGUUCCUGGUGAUCUCAAAACUUCAAAAUCAGUUGCAAACAAAGAUGGUGACAUUGGGUCGUCUAAGGUUGCUGCCGAGAAUGACCAUGUCAAGAUUCCUGGUGUUGAAGUAGAUUCUUCUGUGAUACAACUCUCUUUGGGAAAUGCUUUUGCUGCUAAAUCGCCAUUGGAAAAGUGCACUGCAGAUCAGCUUGUGGAAGAAAAACUGUUGCAAGAAGGUGAAACCACAAAUAAUAGGCGUGGUGAAACAUGCGACGUGGGUGUAUACCUGGCAGAAGAAAAAGCAUCUUCAUUGAGUUCUGAGCCUAUUGCAUCUGCAUCGACAACUGCAGAACCUCUACCUACUGACAAGUUGGAAAGAAAUAUGUCUUUUAAAGUUAAAGAACAGACUAAUGCAAACUCCGAGAUUGAGACAAAUUCAGAGGUACUUCAAACCAGUAGAAACGAUGAAGUUCCACAUGUGGAUGGAGAAUCUUUUGAUAUUGCAAAUCAGAAAGCGAAAGAAGAUGAGGCAAAAAGCUCUGUUGAAAUUAAACCGUCUAUGCUGGAGACUGAUGAUUUGCCAAAUGUUGGACAAAAGGGUCACAGCAGCAUUGACAUGCAGGCAUUGGUUUUAGUUACAAGCAAUGAGAACUCUAAAUCUGCUGAUACAGAACAAGAUCCUGAAGAAUCUGUUCCGGUUCAAGGUGUUGAUAUGCCUAAAGUUGGUACAGCUGACACACAGAUGGAGGAUACCGAUGAUGGUGCACUUCUAGUGGGUUGUUCAGUUGCGAGCGAGGAGAAAGAGAAAACUCUUCAACCCAAUAUGCCCAAUGAUGAUUCCAUUAGCCAUAACCCUUUUGAGAAGAUAAAAGACAGUGAAGAAAAUGGUUUAUAUGAUGGUCAAGAUCCCUCAUCUUCUCCUACAGUUGCGGAAAAGAACAUUGAGGGUCAAGAUCAAGAUCAAGAUCAAGUUAAAACUGCUGGAUUUGCGGAAAAGAACAUUGAGGGUCAAGAUCAAGAUCAAGUUAAAACUGCUGGAUGUGAGUUAGUUGAUAUCUCUACCGGAUGUUCUUCAGAACCUCAAGUUCAGUUACUGCCAUCCGCAGAGUCAGAGGGAGAUAUGCACGUCCACUUAGAGGAAACAAAGAAAUCUGAAACCAUGGUUGCUGAAGGUACAGAACUCCCUUCAUCCCUCCCAAUGACUGAGGAAGAAAAUGCUGAUAUCGAGCCCUCAUCGACUCUUACAGCUGUGCAUAAGAACACUGAGGAUCAAGAUCAAGCUGAAACUGCUGGAUGUGAAUUGGUUGAUAACUCUACAGCAUGUUCGUCACAACCUCAAGUUCAAUUACCGCCAUCCGUAGAGCCAGUGGAAGCUAUGCACAUUCAUUUAGAGGCAACAAAGAAAUCUGAAACCGUGUUUGCUGAGAGCCAAUUAGGUGAUAUCGAGCCCUCAUCGUCUCUUACAGCUGUGCAUAAGAACAUUGAGGAUCAAGAUCAAGCUGAAACUGCUGGAUGUGAGUUGGUUGAUGUCUCUACAGCAUGUUCGUCAGAACCUCAAGUUCAAUUACCGUCAUCCGCUGAGCCAGAGGAAGGUAUGCACGUUCACUUAGAGGCAGCAAAGAAAUCUGAAACCAUGGUUGCUGAAGGUUCAGAAUUCGCUUCAUCUCUCCCAAUGACGAAGGAAGAAAAUGCCGAGAGCAUGUUAGCUGAUGUACAAACGAACAUUGAGGAUCAAGAUCAAGUUGAAACUGCCGAAUGUGAGUCAGUUGAUGUCUCUACCGGAUGUUCGUCACAACCUCAAGUUCAAUUACCGCCAUCCCCAGAUGCAGUGGGAGAUAUGCACGUUCACUCAGAAACUGUGGUUGGCGAAGGUACAAAAUGCCUUUCAUCCAUCCCCAAGACAGACAAAGAAAAUGCCGAGAACCCACCAGACAAGCUUGACGGUGAAUCCGAUGUCGCUGUUGUUGAAGGAAGUUGUGUUGAGUCGAAUUCAUUGGUUGCCGAAGAGAGCAAAGCAGAGGAGACAAAAGGCAAUGAAGAUGUUUAGGUCAUUUUAUCUACAUUAAGAUCAUUAGAUGUAUAACUUUUAAUAUCUAAUAUCACCACUCUAUGCAAUUUUAUUUUCUUAUAUCAUUUUCAAGAAUGAAAGCCGUAUAUCAAG